CAAAGGAUACAUUAUUGAAACAAGUGAAAUUGCAGGCGUAUUAACAGGGGUUCAUUAAAGUUGGCAUUUGUAAUAUUUAAAAGUGCUUCUAGACCUUUUAAAUAAUAAGACACCUUUGAAAAUGUAAUGUGGAGUAGUAGGACGCAUGAGGCGAGUGAGUAAACUCAGCAUGUUCUUCAUUUGGGCAAAUCCACAAAUCAAAAGUAGCAUUGGUUAAAGAAGUUUGGCAACAAUAAGCUGGGAUAAUCCAUAAUUAAAUUUAAAAAAAAAAAAAAAAAAAAAAACAGACUUAACUGAACAAUAUAAAAAUGAGUGCAGUCCUGUGAUUUAGAUGAUUUAAUGAUUUAGAAUUAGGCUCCACCCCAGCUGAAGCAAAGCUUCUUAACUCUGCCUUAUUUCCUUAAGGCACUAAGGAUGGGGAAGGGUUAUCACUGUUUUCACACUGCAAUUGCAAUUUGACUCACAGUCACUGGAGGGUGCUAAAUAUUACAAACCGCUUCUUUAAAACGCUUCCUUUAAAACCUCCUAUCGUGAUAUGGUUAUAACUAUGGUUAUAAUGUAUUGUAUAUUAUAUAUAUAACUCUGUUUCACGUACUAUUCCCAAGUCAGGAAAUACUAAUCAGCGAAGCACAGAAAACUAAUGAAUUAUUCGAUUAUCAGAAAAUAUAAGGCCAUGUGUUCUCUGAAGUUGUUUUUGUUUUUUAAAGUGCUUCAUAUACUGAUAUACUGAGUAUUCAUAAAGUAUAAUUUACGUACAUAUUUUAUCCACCAUUCCAUUAUCCACAAUAGAAGCAUUAUAUCUUCUUGCUAGGUCAUAGAGGAGAUUAGAAUAAAGGAGAGGGCACACUUUUUUGCCUCAACGAGCAUGAAUUGUUGCCAAGCUGAAAUUGGAACCUUAGACACUUGUGGACAGCUUCUGAUGUGGUUUUCUCUUGAAGUUGAGAGGAGAUUCUUCAGUUUUAGCCAGGUUUAGCCAGGCAGUAUCACAUGUAUUAGCCUUCUUUUGCCGUCAUGCCCAGAAUACUGUUUUGGACCUUUGUGCUUCUGAAGCUCUUCACAGCCAGCGGUCAAGAUUUCUUUCAGAGCCAGAGAGCUAGUGAUUAUGCAAAAUCACCACAUUCAGUCAAAUAUAUUGUGUCUUUGCAAACUUCAAAAGGCCAGCAUUUCUGUGCAGGAACCCUGGUGCAUAAAUAUUGGGUUCUCACUGCUGCACAUUGUAAUACAGGAUGUCUUGCACUCAGGGUGGAUCAGAUGAUGAUAGUGGCUGGAGACAACUUUCUUGGCAAGUAUGAAGGGAUGGAGCAGUAUUCAAAACCUUACUCCAUUACACCUCACCCACUGUACAACAAGAGCACCAGUAAUGCAGACAUCAUGCUCAUUAAGCUCCGGGCUCCAAUAAAGCUGAACAGGUACGUCUCGCUGGCUCCUCUUCCCAAACAAAACACAGGAGUGCUGCCUGGCCGGCUGUGCCAGGUGUACGAUUGGAGUCCCACAAGGCAGGGCAGGGGUGUGAGCCUCCUUACACUUCACUCUGUAACUCUGCCAAUCACCUCCACAGCUAAGUGUAAUAGCAGCAGGUCCUACAAUGGAAGCAUUACAAGCAAUAUGAUCUGUGCUGGCUACAGUACUGGAGGCAAGGAUGCAUGCAAGUGGGAUGCUGGAGAGCUGCUUGUGUGUGAUGGCCGACUUUAUGGGUUCGCCUCCUGGGGAAACAUCCGCAGGGUUACCGGGCUUCCAGGAGUCUAUACGGCUGUGGCCAGGUUCCGAAGGUGGAUAGACCGUACCAUCUACAGGUCCUUCACACGAUGUUACAAGUACAGAAAUCCACUGGCCUCAAAAUCCACUUCGAGUGAUGUGUAGUGUAACAUAUAGAAUAUACAGAAUGUCAUCAUGUUACUAAUAAAUAUCUUAAAAAUGUAGAGCAAUUUUAGAGUAUCUGUGUAAAACAGAGUACAGUGUAAAAAGGUUAACAAAACUGUAUAUACAUGCAUACAAACAUACAAUACAUACCCAAUAAAGACAGAAUUCCUGUUUAUUUGUGUCAUUAA